CGACCCCCGCCGGCCCCUCCCGCAGCCCGCCCCCCGGGCCGGCCGGCAGUGCUCCGGCUGCGCCGGCUCGGGCUCGCCGCCGGCCCCGGGAGGACCGAGCCCGGUCCAGCUGAUCGCGGCAGCCGGCGAGGAGGCGCGGAGACCAAGCAGGUUUAAAGCUCGUCCCUGAUGUUUUGGGACCCUCCCCUGACAUGGCUGUUCUUUGCAAGCUGAUACUCGGAUAAGAUCCCAGUUGUCAGCAUGAAAGGAAAAACUGCACACGGUAGUUGGAAAUCUGCACCCCAGAAGAAGCCCUCUCCCUGCAAUCGAUAUAAACAUGCUUGCAUCAUUUGCAGAGGAUUUAUUUAUCUCUAUGGAGGGCGGAACACUACUGGUCUCAAAGAUUUUUGGCGAUACAACAUAGUGAAAAAUGAAUGGGAAAUGCUGGAUUGCUCAAGAAAUGGUCCAGAAGAACUGGAAGAACAUUCAAUGGUGGCUUAUAAGGGCACCCUGUAUAUUUUUGGUGGGAUGGUGGAUUCUGCUUUCACACAAGGAAAAACUCCUCUCUGGAUAUAUGACACUGAUUCUGCAAGAUGGACAGAGUGCUGUAACGUACCAGCAGAGACUGAGAGCUCAGCGCCAGCUAACAGGAAAGGUCACAGUGCAGUCGUGUACCGUUCCAGUAUGUACAUCUACGGGGGAUACUUUGGCAUUAGAGGCAUUUCACGGGAGUUUUGGGCUUUCUGUUUUGAUACAAGAAAGUGGUCGUGUGUUUCCCCCCCAUCCCACGGUACUGGCCCAGGACCUCGGCAUGGCCACUCAGCAGUCGUCUAUCACACUGGCAUGUACCUCUUUGGGGGACUGAUGGGUCUGAGUGAACAGAAGGACUUGUGGAAGUGGGACUUUGUAAGCAGCAGCUGGUCCAGCAUCAGAACAAGCCAAGGACCUCCUCCAGUGGUAGGUCACGCUUCAGUAGUCUUCAGAGACUCUAUGCUGAUUUUUGGAGGAGGGAUUUCAAAUUCCAAUUGUAACGGUGACCUCUGGAAGUAUCAUUUCCAUAUGCAGACAUGGAAGAAGCAUAGUUGUACCACAAAGGCAAGCUUUUCUCCUAAAAUGUAUCACUGCAUCUUAGGAGUCGGUGUUGAUUUCCAGACUACCUCAGAUGUCACCAGUACGUUCCCCAGCCACUGGAAGAGUAAGCAGAAGGGCCAUCAGCAGCUGGUGGCCAUCCCGAAGCACACUCGCUUCUGCAACUACUUCUGCCAACAGCCUGCGUACAGAGCGUUCAGCAACGAGGAAAGCACUGCAAUGGAAAUGAAAACCUUCAGCUUGCCUCUGGAGCCAGGGGGCUUCGGUGCGUUUCAAACCACUUCAGAGGCAGAACUAGACCUGAACAGAGCAACAAGCACUUUGUCAAAGGACGAGUCGCUCUGUCUGCUUGUCUCUUCAGAAGAAGAGACUUGUGCUGCUGCUCAGGUCGUGGGAGAAGAGGGGGGACCCAGCUGUCAGCACGUGCCCGCAGUGGAUGCAGUUAGCAGUGACACCAACGUGCUGCUGCUCAUUGGGGGUAAACCUUUGUCCAGCGUCUCUGAGAUCUCGUUCUGGCAAAUGGAGUUUGAUAGCUUGUGAUCACUUUGAUUGCAAAGUGAAAGAAUAAAUUUCCACCAGUGUGCCAGUAGGUGGUAAACCAACUGCUUGCAACUGUCUUCAGUUUCCAGUCAGCACACUGGGGAAAAGAAAACUUAAACCUUCUCAUACUUGCUGCGAACAGAUUUUUUACGAUGUGAACAAAACCCGACAUAUAUUUAAGUCACAACUUGCAUGCAAGUUGCAAUUUCUGAGAGGAGUUUGUUGGAAUGCUGCUCUUUUCGUUACUUCUCUUUUGCUCAGUUAAUAUCCCUUCAAUUUGCAGUGGCUGAUGCUGCCUUGAAGAUCAGAACUACAAGUAACUCCUACUGACUCCACAAUUGCCAUUUCAGGUGCAAAGCUUGCUUGUUUUGCACUGGCACAAGAAAUAAAUGUGCACCCCAAAAAAUGUACUUGAAUCAAGUACGUGCACAUUAUGGUCAUGUUUGAGGGAUCUGAUGAAUCUUAAUGGCAACAUUUUCUAAGGUUUUUAAGAUUUUUCAUUUCUUGAAGGAGGGUUCUUUGCAAAAUAUAUUUGCAACACGAGUUGGCCUGUAAUAAAGAAGCCGCCCAACAGGCAGAGUAGCAAGUGAAAUCUAGAAGCAAUUCAAGGAUUGCAUCUAACCCUGAGGAAGAAAAACCACAAGCCUCCCUUGAAAAUCACGUGCAGCAUUAGACCAGAGGAAGUAUGUUACACCUGGAGGAACACAGGAGCUGCCAAGUGACUGCUGGGUUUAAUGACUGAGCGCAGGUUCAAGAGGGUUUAGCUUUCUACUGGAGGGGUUAAAAACAAAACUAAAAAAAAAAGAGGAAGACUUUACAGGAGCAGCACAAAACAUAAGCUGUUGAGACCGGUAACUCACAUUUAGCCACAAAGGGAUUUCUGCUUUUCCAACUCCCACCUCUCUCUGUUCUGUCAACAUGUGUAGUAUUUGGUACACAUUUAGCCCCUACACUAGUAAAUCCUGAGUUCACGUAUGGUUUGUUUUUCUUUGUUGAAAAGAAAAAGUGUUUCUUUAGAAAGAUAAUACUGUCCAGUGUUUCAAGCAUUUAUAUCCGUGGAAGUUACUAAGCCAUGGCCUUCUGACUGAGCUUCAGCCAUCUGUAAGAAGAGAUGCUGAUGUGUGAGAUUACUGGAAAGUGUAAUUUAAUACUUCUGAAUAUUUGAAAAGAUCACUUCUCAAAAGUUUCAUAGGAAUAAUGAAUGUUAAGUGAGAGUAUUUACAGAUACUUUCAUCAUCUCUUCACAAGUAGCUGUCACACGAAUUCGACAGGAAAAUUAUAGAUGAGUUCACAAAAAGCUACUUAAGAGUUCUGUGGACCUUCCGUAACCUUUGUUUGGAAACAGGGAGGAUUGUGUGCUGCCAUAUAAAUAAAGCCUGCUGCCUUGCGUAUCAGCGUGUGCUCAUUUUCUGCGCUUUUGUGAAUUUCAAAUAUGUAUUUAUGUUUUCAAACUGAACAAAGAACUUACCUUUCUGAACAAGUAACACCCUCCCACAAGCCCCAGUCACCUCACGGCACUUCAGCCAGCCUCAAGGGCUGCCCAGACUUUGAAUUUCUCCUCCAAGAAUGGGGAAUUGCCCAGUUUGUGGAGGCACGUUUGGGAAGGACUUCAGUACAGCGAGUUGAGCACGUACAGAGCACUGCAGUCUUAAAUCAGCAGCGUGUGUUUCUUCUGCUAGCUGACGUGUCUGUGUUGGCAUUAUCCAGAGAGCUGCCGUAACAUACAGGGUUUUAUCUAGGAUUGACGAGGGAAGGAAGUUUAACUGCAACGGGCAACAAUAAACCAGUGUCUUUCCAAGUCAUGUGGAGGCCUCCUGGCAGGUACAGGUAUCCUGGGGAUGUGCACGAGCCCCAGGAAAAUGCCAUCCAGCCUCAGCCAUUCCUUUCUCCCCCCCACCCCAGCUCUCCUCCCUUUGGCAGCCCCACAGAGGGUUUAACAUUUACUCGGAGCCAACACAGGCAGGACACGAGCCAGCCCAAAGGCGAUGGCUUGGCACGGGGAAGAAAAAGCAGCUUGCAGAACGUGCCCAUCUCCCCCAUCUCCUCUCCUCACCUCUGCCGGCGUGCCAAGGCAGGUGGCUGCACCAGCACCUUCAGCACUGCGCCAGCUCCCCCACCCGAGAGACCCUAACCCCCCAAACCAGCCCGAUGCCGCAGGGGGGCCGUGCAGGACCGAGGUGCACCGGAGCCCAGGAGGGGCUCUGGCUGGAGAGAUGCAGGCUCAGGGGUUGCUGCCGGGAGGCUGAGCCGCGGUUAAGCCCAGGUACUGCUGGGGCAGAGAGCUCCCAUCCCAAAGUGGGACUCCGCUACAGCAGCACGCUGCAGCCACCAGACACCGUUUCUCCCCUCGCUGGCCUGCUCCCAGGUCUUUAAAAACCACGGGUGAGCUCACGCUGGAAGGAAAGGGGUCUGAGACGUGCAGUGACCGCGUCCUGCAGGCGCUCACCGGCAGCACUGCCUGGCAUCUCAGUCCCUUCUGGGCACGCGUGACCCAUGUUUCAGGUUCUCUCCCCAAAAACGGUAUCCAGGACCUAGGCACACAAUCCUUGCUUGUACCACUGCGUCGCAUUUCCUGGGCCAUCUUCCCCUUCAAAACUCAACCAGUGCUAUCAGCUACACUUUACAAGUGUCUCAGAGAACCACAACCGGUUUCACUCCUGUUUUCCUGGCACAUUUUUAUCCAACACAGUCACCUUCUCACAGAGGAAGAGGAGCUGUUGUGGAUGUACUCAUGAUGCUUCUCCUAACUGUAGCAGUUCAUAGGAAUUCCUCCCAGGCCCAAGCGAGUGACUAUAAGCUGCUGCCAUCUGAACGCUCUGUGGUGGCCUGCAUGAAAUAAUGAAUGGAAUUACUCCAGCUAACGGCAACUGUUUAGAAACAAAACAAAACAAAACGCACCAUUUUUUGGCUGGGCAUGGACUGAAGGGGCUGCCACUGAAGCUAGCUGUUUUAAAAUGUCUCUGGAAAAAAGGGAAGCUUGCAUGUCUCUGAUACACCCACAGUCCAACUCAGUCCGUAGCACAAAAGCAAAAGGAUGCAGCGUUCUUUAGUAAUCUUGUCUGAGACGUGAGAUGCACUGUUGUAUCAUCAAUCACACAUACAAGAGAACAAAUUGAUCAGCCUUAACUAUCUCAACAAACUCAUUGUCUUUAAUUACCAUCUGGUUUCUGAACAUUAAAAUGCAUGAACGGCAGAGGGAUUUUCAUUUAAAAUGUAGACAUUUAAAGAGGGGUUUUAAAAAUAAUAAUUAAAAUAUCUAAACUAAA